AUGUUUUCAAAUACAAAUCACAAUAAUGAUGACGAUCAAAAUCGGGAAGAUGAUAAGAAACAACAUGAUGAUUAUUUUCAAGCUAAUCUUCAUGAAUUAUCAAUUAUUGAUCCUCUCAAUUCCUCUCCAUGUAAAAUUGAUAGAAUAGCCUGUAUGGAUACAAUUAAUCAUCACGUGUAUUUCAUCUCUUAUCCCGGAACUUUUAUUGUUUUUAAUUAUGAAACAAAGAAAUUGGUUAAACAAUUUAAAUUGGAUGAACUUGAUAUUAAUAUCUAUGAUAAUUGUAAAUUCUGUAAAUAUAUAACACAUACAGGAAAUAUGUAUUUCUGCAUUGUUUCCUAUUAUUUAUCAAGAUUUUACAAAUAUAAUAUUUAUACAAGUGAAUUGAAAAUUAUUAAUAAGGACCAUGAUGUUUUGAGAUAUUUCUAUAUGGACAUGUUGAAUCAUAAUGAGGAUGUAUUCUUUUAUGGGAAUAAAUUCAAAUCACAGACCUCAUAUCUAGUGAAAUAUGAUACAACAAUGGAUACAUUGGAUACUGAGUACAUGUUUACUGAUGUUAGUGAGAAUAGUUUUAAUUAUGAAUAUCCAGAUCCUAAUUUUCUUACAAUGUGGAACGAUAGGGUCAUUGCAAUUGGUACAACAUGUUUUUCAUACCAAGCUUUUUCAGAUGGAGUGCUAGAUAAAGAUGUAUGGAUUUUUUCUAAAGAAGGACAUAAGAGAAUUAGAACAGUAAAAUAUGGCUGUUUUGGCAUUGAAGUUUCACCAUUUGCAACAAGUUAUGUACCAUAUGGUAAAGAUAUUGCAGGAGUAAUAUUUGGUGGUUUGGAUAGUGAUCAGAAUAAGGUUGAGCAAGUGGGAAUCUUAGUUUUGCCACUGGAUAAAUUGGAUGUUGUGGAAGAAUUAGAGUGGAAGAUUUUCAAUUUACCACCUGAAGUUAUGAAUAAGUUUGAUGGGCAUUGCUCCUUCCAAAUGAUAGACCAUAUCCCUGAACAGUAUUACAAAUUUAUAAUUGGACGAGAUGGGAAUGUUUACGAACUGGAGUUAGUAUUGGAUGGAGAUUUGAUACUGUAUAAUUCAGCAAGAAAUGUGUCUUUAUUGAAAAAUAUAUUAAGCUUUAGUGAUGUGGAUUUUAAUUUCAAUUAG